AUGGAUUUCCCACAUUUCCAACUCCAAGCAGGAUUGGCGGCGACCAUGUUCUCGCCAGACGUAGUGCCAGCGCUUUGGGCCACCGCAGAAGAGGUCGAAACCUCCAAAGACCGUGGACAGCUUCAAGCACUGUCUCCUGAACAGUUUGCUGCUUUCGCGGAGGAAUUCGUCACUUCCAACGAGGAAGACAUCGACACACUUCAUGAUGACCACUCGGUGACCGAAGAAGCAAGUGAGAGAAACAACAAUCUCUCAGACCGCGGCCGUGUCCACAAGCACCAAAGAUUCGAAUCCCUCCGCGUCAACUUCUCACACGAGGAAGUCCGCCGCAUCGCCCAAGAGAUCUACGACGAGACUGUCGCCGAGGUCAACCUCUCCCUCUUCAGCUACUGGAUCAACGAAAGUAGCAAGAACUACGAAGAAGCCAGUCUGCACAUCCGCGAGCUGCGCCUCGACCACGGCUACAACCUCGCACGUAUCACCAACCCACACCUCCGCACAUUGAUGCAAGAAGUAUUCACCCAACGCCCCAUAGAAGCCCGCAUCGCGCUGCAAGAACGAGCCUCGCGCAGCAACUUGAGCGUCACCACUAGCUCGAUGCGCAGUGGUAGUAAAGGCGAUUUCUCCGUCUUCCCGCGCAUCGAUGCGCUUCCGCCAAUCCUGCGUGUCGAACGGCAGCGCGCCAUGAGUCAGGCGGCACAGCGCUCGACGUCGCUGGCGUCGAUAGCGUCGGAGCUUAGGGUUUACCCACCAAACACACCUGAUCGUCCGUUGCCGCUUACGCUGAGAUCGCCGACUACUAACUCAACGCUGAGUACGCAGCCGACGCUGCCAUUUGGGUUUCCGUCUCCCGGGGCGCCUGUUCAAAUCAGCGACGGUGUGUACUCGGGUUUGACUUCGUAUACGGGGUCACUUUGCGACGACGAUGGUGACGGUAACAAUGACGGUGUUGAAGAAGUAGAUGAAGAGGCUCUCUGGCACGAACGAGUCGCCGAUGUUGUUGAGAGCGUCAUGGUGCUAGAAAAGCCGGACCAGAUCAACAAGGUGAUUGAAGAAUUGGAGGGGCUCAAGUCUUUGUACUUGUAG